AUGACGAUAUCCUUCCUUCUUUUAGAUCGUUCAAUACUCUUGUGCAGCAUCAUGGAGGCCCAUGCAUUGGUCCGUAUCCGAAAUUUGCUCUCGAAAUCAUUCACAAGUUCGUCGCUCUCCUACAUUAGAACGUCACUCGCCCAGAACAUUAGGCAACACCUCGGCACACCAUCUCCGCGCCGGCUUUCUCAGCACCAUGCGAACUCAGAUUCAAGCCGUACCGACACUUCCCAGGCCUACCCACUCUCCGGAUACUACUCGGAUAUCCUCUCCGCUCGCUCCUCGUCCCGUGGACAGGCUACCACUUCUCCCUCUGCACCACAGCAGAAACCGGAGGCGCCACCCGAAAAUACAGACCAACAAUCACAAACGCCUGAGGAAAAGAUGGCAAUUGUUUUUGGCACGCGGCUAGCCGGCCCUGGUCGGUCCUCUCGCUAUGAUCCUGGGGCGAGUGCUCCGUGGAAGACCAUAAAUGGGGUACCGAUUCCUCCUCGGCCUGAGGAACCUGAUAACUGCUGUAUGAGCGGCUGCGUGCACUGUGUGUGGGAUGAUUAUCGGGAUGAAAUGGAAGAAUGGGCCGCAUUACUGGCUCAAGCAAAGGCCAAGAGCAGCAAACCCAAGUCCCCCAAAGUUAUUUCGGGCGCCAUUCCGAGAACACCUGCCGGCGAGCCGGCCAGUAUGAGCAUGGAUGAUGAUGGCGGUGGGAGCGAAACUAACUGGUCAAUACCCGGAUCCGAUGAAGAUUUGUUUUCCGAUAUUCCUGUUGGUAUCAGGGAGUUUAUGAAGACAGAGAAGAGAUUGAAAGAGAUCCAUCGGCAGGAAACCAGCAGUGUUUGA